GUGCAAACUUUUCUGGGCAACGUGCAGAGGAAUUUUGAAUGGAAAUCAAAACGCACCUUCAUUCAAAAUACCUAGUUUAUGCAAUCUUCUUUAAAUUUUGAAUAAUUGAUCGUUCUAAAAACAAGAGGCUUCUUUGAAAUGCCCGUCCAAACAUUACAAUCACUCAUUGUAUUAAUUUUAAACGUUUUAUUAGGAUCAGAGUCGAUAUACUUGAUUUCCCUUGUUUUUCAUUGUAGGGAGUCGGUAGGUAUUCAAACUCAAAAUAGUCAAUAGUCUGCACACACGUGAGGGAGCUCCUAUUUAAACAUGUCGAAUGUAGAAAGAAGAAAAGCAAUUGCAAUUGCAAACGGAGGAGCAAUAGAAUCUGUCAUCUCACGCUUCUUUCCUUUCUGUAAAAUUUCUGUACUAGAAGAAAAUGGAUUCCCAUCCAAAGAAUGUUGGGAUUUUAGCCAUGGAGGUCUACUUUCCCACUACAUGUGUUCAACAGGAUGCCCUGGAAACUUUUGAUGGAGUAAGUAAAGGAAAAUAUACAAUUGGCCUUGGACAAGACUGCAUGACUUUCUGCACAGAUUUGGAAGAUGUGAUUUCUAUGAGCUUGACAGUUUUAACAUCUCUUUUGGAAAAAUAUGCUAUUGAUCCUAAACAAAUUGGUCGCCUAGAAGUCGGCAGUGAAACUGUUAUCGACAAAAGCAAGUCAAUAAAGACUUGGUUGAUGUCAAUUUUUGAGAAAUGUGGCAAUACUGAAAUUGAAGGUGUGGACUCAACUAACGCAUGCUAUGGUGGAACUGCUGCUCUAUUGAACUGUGUUAACUGGGUUGAAAGUAGUUCUUGGGAUGGGCGAUAUGGUCUUGUUGUAGCUACAGAUAGCGCAGUCUAUGCUGAGGGAUCGGCUCGGCCUACAGGAGGAGCAGCUGCUAUUGCUAUGUUGAUAGGACCCAAUGCUCCAAUUGCAUUUGAAAGCAAAUAUAGGGGAACCCACAUGGGUCAUGCUUAUGACUUCUAUAAGCCCAAUCUUGCUAGCGAGUAUCCGGUUGUAGAUGGAAAGCUUUCACAAAAUUGCUAUCUAAUGGCACUUGACUCCUGCUACAAACGACUUUGUAACAAGUUUGAAAAGGAAGAAAAAAGGCAGUUUUCUCUUUUAGAUGCAGAUUAUGUUGCAUUUCACUCUCCAUACAAUAAGCUUGUGCAAAAGAGCUUUGCUCGACUAGUGUUCAAUGAUUUUUCCAGAAAUGCCAGUUCUGUUGGGAGGGAUGUACAAGAGAAACUAGAACCCUAUGCUAGCUUGUCUGAAGAAGAGAGCUACAAUAGCCGUGAACUUGAAAAGGUUUCUCAACAGGUUGCAAAGCCACUGUAUGAUGCAAAAGUCCAACUAUCAACCUUCUUACCAAAGCUGGUGGGCAACAUGUAUACGGCAUCUCUUUAUGCAGCAUUUGCCUCCAUUAUACAUAACAAGCAUAAGUCACUGGAAGGUCAAAGGGUGUUAAUGUUCUCUUAUGGAAGUGGUCUCGCUUCAACAAUGUUCUCUCUUAAAAUUCGGGAAGGUCAGCACCCUUUUACUGUUGCAAACAUUGCAAAAGUUAUGGAUCUCCAAAGCAAGCUUGAUUCCCGACAUGAGUUUUCCCCCGAAGAUUUUGUGGACAACCUGAAGCUGAUGGAGACUCGAUAUGGAGCGAAGGACUUCGUUUCUUAUUCUCAACAUAAAUUUUUAAGGCCUCGCACCUUUUAUUUGACCAAAGUGGAUUCGAUGUACCGCCGAUUCUAUGCUCAAUACACCGACGACAAGGAAAAGAUUGCGAAUGGGAAUGGGAAUGGUACUGCUACAUUGUAAUGCAUUUAAGGCUGAGCUAGUCCUAGUCUUUUUCGGCUGGAAAGCAUUGUUCCCUCUCUCUGUUAUUUAUUUGAAAAAUAAACGUGGCAAUGCUGUAAAAUUAUUCACCGUCUUGCUUUUAAAUUUUAAGAAUGGAAGGAGGCUGGAGCAUUAAGAGAAAAUGCUAUAGCAAGCUUGGCCAUUGCCAAAUUAUAGCAGUGAGCUGUCCAUUAUAGGUUUCUAUGGACCGCUUAUUUGUGAGCUGUUCAUUCUAGGUUUCUAUGGACCACUCAUUUCAUCUAGUACCGAGUAUCUAGUAUCUAUCUAUUGUAGCUGUUAUUCUUUGUAAUUCAAUAUAAAAAAAAGUUUGUAGUUAA